AGGUAAACGAACUCUCUGGCCGCCGCUCUCUUUUUCUUCGUUGAAUUGUGGGCUUCCAAUCUUAUGCACUUUAUUUUGGUGUUGGAUUUUCUUCUUUCAGUAUGUUAGUCGAACAACUAGCGCGUGUAUAUGAAUUGAAUCAACUUUGUUCAUCUUCGGCUGAUUCUCUGUGUGUUUUGUUUUUUUUUUGCUUUUUUAGAUCUAAAGUGUGAACGAUUUCGUCUACCGUGGACCUGAAUCUUUGUUCAAAGGUAAAAAAAAACCCUCUGUCGCUCUUGGCUCUGUCCUAAUUUUAGACGAAAUCGUACCAAUUAAAACGAGCUUGUUCUUAUUUCGGUUUUUUUUUUUUUGUUUUCCUUUUUUUCCUGGUUUGCUUGGAUUCAAGGAAAGAAAGAUGGAUAACGCCCGUGUUCUCAGAUCCUCCACUAAAAAAUCCGCCACUAAGGUAAUAUCUUUGUCCCUUCAAAUCCUCUUUCCUUGUGUUGGGAUUAGGGUUUAUUUCGUUGUGCUGUUUCCUUGAAUUCCCAUUUAUUUUAUGCAGGACAACGGAUCCGCCUCCGCUUUACCUGAAUCCUCCACUAAGGUAAUAUCUUUGCCCCUCCCAAUCCUCUUAUCGUGUGUGGGGUUAAGGGUUGAUUUCGUUUUUCUGUUUCCUUGUUGUAUUUCCUUUAUUUUAUGCAGCACUGCCAGCCCUUAGUUUAGAACUUGGUCCUUCCUUUUUCAUCUUAGUUUUCCUCUUAUCUCUUUUUUCUUUCUAGUUAUUACAUAUUUUUUAAUCUUAUUAGCUCUGAAAAUAAGUAGGCCAGAUCCCACAUCAAUUUAAUUUUGUUGGUUUUGCCUGCAUUUUGAAGGGGUUGAAUACGGAUUCGCUGAAGAUUUUGAAUGAGGUGGGGACGUAUUCGGCGGAGCAGUUGAAGAAGUUGAGGAAGACGAGGGCAUGGAAGGAGUUGACGAAAGCGCUGGCUUUGUCUCCAUUGGAAGAGAUGAAGAGGAGAAGGAGGGAGGGUAUUCCCCUAGCUGCUCCACCUGUAACGUGUCAACGAAUUUAUCUAAACGAGGAUGGCUCUUUUCCAUCGUAUGCGCCUAAAUUCGAGAAGGGAACCACUGUUCUUGGUCUGGUUUUUGAAGAAGGAAUUAUGGUAGCGGCUGAUCAUUCAACCACACCUGCCCGGAACGUUGUUCAACUGAAUUCUCACAUGCUGGCUACAAUAUCUGGCGGAGGAGAAGUUUUGCUCAAAAAUCUCCAAAAGAAGUGCAACCUACAAGAAAAGAGCCAGGGUAGGGAGCCUACACUUGCAGAGGUAUCGAGCUGGCUGACCGAGGCUCUUUCGGCUCAUUCCGAUCCUUUGUCAUUAGGAAUUCUGAUUGCUGUGUGGAACGAAUCGGAGCAUGGCCUGUAUCGCAUGAGUUCUAAUGGGGUACUGGUUAAAGGUGAUAUACUUGCCACUGGAUCUGGUGCGCAGUCUUCUCUUCACGUGGUUGAACUGUCCGAACGCUUUAUGCUGGAUCCUGGAUCUGUUUUUGGCCUGCGGUCCGAGUAUGCUCCAGUUCACUGUAUGUCGGUAACGGAAGUUGCGGCCCUGACCAAAAGGGCGAUAUGCACGGCCGGAUAUAAUGCUCCACACUAUGGGAAUCUUGUUAGUGGUUACCACCUAGGUACUAAGGGGUGCGUAAAGCUCUAUGAGGAUAAUGUUGAAGAAUGGCAGAAGUUUAUCAAAGGCCCAAGUAUCAGGUUCAAGAUAAUUGGUAAAGGAUGGUGAUGCGGUGAGAAUGCAGGAAAAGUUAAAGAUCGAGACCUGACCAUUUAGAGUAUCUUCCAAUCUUGGAUCUUGAUCAUCCCCCCCUUGUGUCCAUUUCAUCAUAUUUUGUGCCUUUUCAAUUACAUCAGGCUUAAUUUUUAGAUCAGUGGAACCUUUAAUUUGAUAGCAUCAAAGAUUGACUGUUGAAACCGUGAAUUUUUCCGUGUGUUUUCAAGUAUUCAUAGUAAUAUCACACUCCGACUGAUGAUAUGAUGAAUUGUGCACAAUUGAUCGAUGUUGUUCUGUGUUUAGUUAAUUAAGUUCUCAUCGUUCAUCGUUAAUGAUGCAAAGGGAGCAAAUGAAUUUUUUAGGUAAAAGUUAGCUAUCUCUUUUGCCAGUAAUAAAAAGAUUAAAGUUGUUUUCAGUCGAUUCCACGAAGCUUAAAGAACUUUGUACUUUGUGGAAAACAACUGAUAACUAACCAUUCCUCUCUCCCCCUCCCCCCAGUAAAUGAUCAGUUAUUUCUAUUUGAUAAUGUAAUAUCUUUCGUUUAUUUUUCCUACCGGAUGCUAACCGCUGUAGUUAGGAGUAUCCUGUCUGUUCUAUGCACCUCUGUAAUUGUCAACAAUAAGAGGUGAUACUCGCAAAAAUGGUGAAACUGAAAAGCU